AUGCUUGGCGCAUCAUCCAGCUGGGAUAAAUCGCAUACUACGGCGGACUUGACUGCUUUGAAACUCUGUCCUCAGGUGCAGCCGCUGGAUCUUGGACGACACACUGCUCUGUAUGGAGAGGUGGUGGGAUUAUACGAAGACACCAUGUACAAGGCGUGGGCAUAUGAGAGCCUGUCUCAAGCUAUUCGCAUCCCCACCGUGACAGAAGACGGUAUCGGUCCACCAGGUCAAGAUCGUCGCUGGGAAAGUCGUCUCGAACUGCAUCGAUAUCUAGAAGAACGAUAUCCCUUGAUGCAUUCGAGCCUGAAGAGGACAGUCCUCAAUCAGUUCGCACUUGUGUACGAGUGGCGAGGAGCAGACAGGAGUCUGAAGCCCAUUCUCCUCACUGCCCACCAAGAUACAAUCCCCGUGGAUCCAGAGAGCGAAGAAGAAUGGAUUCAUCAACCGUUCUCUGGAUACGUCGAUGGUGAAUGGAUAUGGGGUCGAGGAGCCGUGGACGGCAAGGCUACGCUGGGCGCGAUUUUCAUCGCAAUAGAAUCGUUGCUGAGCAAGGGAUUCAAACCCGAACGGACUAUAGUCCUCGCUUUCGGAAUGGAUGCCGAGCAAGGAGGGAUCUACGGUGGACCCGCCAUCCGAAACUUCUUGCUCAGCAGGUAUCGUCCAAACGGAUUUUCUUUCGUCCUCGGCGAGGGCGACGGAUUCUCGGAACGCAGCGGUAUCAAAUUCGCCACACCAGGAGUAGCGGAGAAGGGGAAGCUCAAUCUCAACAUGGAGAUCAAGAUGAACUCGUCUCCGAGUAGAAGACGCAAUGCUAUCUCCCUCCUCUCCCUCGUCAUUUCCUCACUCGAAUCCACCACCUUCCCGACGCACCUCCGUGCACCAAGCCCUACAUUCGCCAACCUGCAAUGUCUGACGGCCCAUGACCCCGACUUUCCUGAACAUCUGAAGGAACUCGUCAUGCGUGCCACUUCGUCGGAGAAUGCUGGGCAUCAGGACGACACGCUAAGCGCGCUCGACAAAGCGCUGUUACGGUCUGACGAAUCGAAGUGGGGAGAGUGGCUUGGAAGUACGAAAAACGUUAAUCUCGUCAGUGGUGGUGCGAAAGUUGGUGUUGCGGCGAGAAGAGCUCGGGCGGUCGUCGAGACGGAAGUUGUGGAUUGGAGCUCGGUGUAUGACGUUCAGACAACAUAUAUUGCCCUCCUGUCUCCACUCGCAGCGUACCUCAACCUCUCGUUCUCUGCAUUUGAUCAUACCACCGUCUCUCCUUACCAACUAGACGUGGGCGCCCAAAAUAUUGCCUUCGCUGGGCAUCUCGCUAUCAGUGACUUCAAGUGGUCUGCUACCAAUCCAACGCCUACCAGUCCAACGACAGGAGGCCAGAGCGGUGCUUGGCAGUUCUUAUCUGGGGCUAUUCAGGGCGCUUUGGUGGGAAGUAAUGUAAGUGGUACAGAUGGGCAAAACAUUGUGGUACAGCCGGGAUUGAACCUUCGGACUACUGAGACACAUUGGUAUACCGACCUUAGUCCCUUCAUCUUCCGGUAUGCUCAUCGCUCAGACAAUGACACCUAUAAUGGCACUCCUGAAGGUCUUCAUGAUGACGUCAAUGAAGCUAUACGCGCGGAAAGCUUCCUCGAGAUGUCAACGUUUUUCGUCAGGUUGAUAUUGGGAGCGGACGACACCGAGUUGUUGGGUAGACGGUGA